AUGCUAGACCUAGCAACUCGUCGAAAGAUUUGCGAGGAAACAGUAUCGCGGUCCGUAUCCAUUGCAAAGGAGACGCCCGGGGUGUCCCUCAGAAGUGUCUUCAUACCCUCCCAGCUACCACCUCUCGACAAGGAACAUCCUUCUUUUCCAGCUCUGACCCUCAAACCGGUGGAGAUACACAAUAGCGACGCCUUCGAACUCGCUCGCACACUAGGUCCGAGCAAAGGAAAAGUCGGUGUCUUGAACCUAGCAAGCAAUGCAGAACCCGGCGGCGGUUGGCGAUAUACGCUCUCAAAAACUCAAGAAGAAGCUCUCUGCUACUCGUCGACCCUUUAUCUAACUCUGAGACCCGAAUGGUAUCCUUGGUCAAACACAGGUCCGGAUUCAAUUGCCGGUAUCUUCUCGCCCGAUAUCGUUGUUUUCAGGGAUACAAUCGACAAUGAGCUCGUCGAGCUGCCUACCGCUGGAAGACACAUAGUGUCUAUAAUGACAGUUGCAGCACCCUGCCUUCCGCGGCUUACGGAAGAUUCAGCACAAUUUGCGAACGCGAGCGACCUUGAGAAUCUUCGCGAGAAGAUUCUUCUAACGCUGAGGAUGGCAGCUAAAAAUGGGGUGACUAGUCUGGUGCUCGGAGCCAUGGGAUGUGGUGCAUACAAUUGUCCGCCUCAAGUUGUGGCACAGGAGAUGAAGAAUGCAAUCGAGAUGGAUGAGUUCAAGGGCUGGUUCGAAGAAGUGCCCUUUGCAGUCUUUGCCGCUGGGCCUUCGGGUAUGCGCAAUUAUGACGUGUUCAAGAAGGUUUUCCAGAGAGCGUGA